AUGUGUGGGCCACAUGCGGGUUAUGCGCGUGCCAGGAUUUUCAUACACAACGCAGACUCCUACAUCGGAAAGGCGCUGGUCAAGGAGCUUCGGAAAGCCGAAGGCGGCUUGAACCGCAUCUUUGGAACAGCCUCGAAGGCGGACCAGGCACCUGCCGCAGUAAAGCGAAUCGUCUGUCGAGAUGACCCCAAGAAGGCCAAGAAGAUGGCUGAGACGAUCCAGUCUUGCCGUCUGGUGGUCAUCAGCCUUGCGGACUGCACACUGGAAGAUCUGCACUUUGCAAUCAAUGCCUUGAAAGUGGAUCCAAAGGCGAAUCCACCGAAAGUCUACGGCGAGCUGGAGAGUGACGUCGUUUUCAUCGCAAUCUCCUCUGCAAUGGUAUGGUCUGGCACGAAGCCAGAGGUGGCCGGAGCACCCCUGAAGGACUCCGACUACCUGCGGCGGCAACCAGCCGAAGGCUCUCAGUAUGAACAGUGGAAGGAGAUGGAGGAUCUCGUUUUCAGCUGUUUCAACCGCGAGGGCUCGCAGGUAAAAGGCUUCGUUGUCGCUGGCGGAGUCUUGUAUGGAGAGGGCGAAUCCAUCUUCGUAGAGAUGUUCAAAGAUGCAUGGCGGGGCGUUCAGUCCCAUGUCGUGGUGACUCCGGGCAUCAAUAAGGUGCCCACUGUCCACGUGCGGGAUAUGGCGCGGGUUGUCCGACAAGUAAUUACGAAUGCAGAGGGAAUCAACCCCUUGGAAGCAACUCCGUACUUCCUUGCUGUUGAUCAGCCGCCAGCAGCAAAAGAAGGGCAAGCACCAAUGCCGGCUUCGCAAAAAGAUAUUGUCCAAGCCAUUGUGGACGAAAUGGGCGAGCAUUACGAUGUGCCACGCGUGUCCAAGGCAAGCAUUGCUAAGGGCGGGAUGACGGAGCUGCAGGACGCCAUGGCCUUGGACCUUUGGCUCGAACCAUCGGCCAUUGCCCUCGCAGAGGACUUUUGCGCCAGCCUGGAGCCUCCCGGAUGGAUCUGCAAGAAUGGUUUGCUCGCAAACCUUCGGACAAUUGCCGAUGAGUUCUGCAACGGCCAGAAGCUGCGGGCCAUGCGGAUCCUCGUUGCUGGGCCGCCGAAUUCGGGAAAGACGAAUCUAGCCCAGGCUGUGGCGGAUCACUUCAAGGUGCCGCACCUAUCCUUGCCCGAAGAGUUGGGCAGCACGGAUCUGGACAAAACGAUAUCGCAGAUCUCCUCCAGCGUGUGCCACUUCCGGGGAUACGUCCUCGAUGCAGGGGGCAUCGGUUUCGCAGAGGCGGAGAAGUUGUUCCGGUACGACAUAGAGGUGCCGAAGACAGAGGAGGAGCAGGAGGCUGAGCCGCCAGAGGGCGGAGAGCCGACGCCGCCGAAGAUUGAGCGAAGGCUCAACGAGGAGACGUGCCCGGCCAUGGUGAUCAUCACACAGGCGCCGGCCGCUACCUGCAAGGCUCGAUGGCAGAGCAGCGGUGCUUCGCUCGAGGCUUUCGAGAAGUCCAUGCAGGCCUAUGUCAACAACAACCUCACGCAGGAUGUGCACAGCCUGCAAGACUUCUUCCAGGAUGUCGCAGGCAAAGGUGUGCUCAACCUUCCCAUUGACGGCAAGGACGAGGAGGACAUCUUCGAAAGUGCUCGGAUAUACAUCGAGCGAAAUGGACGGCCGUACAAUUACCUGACUCCCGAAGAAGAGGUCUCGCGCCAGAUUCGUGAGCGUCGGGCAGAGAAAGCCAAAGCAGCUGCCGAGGCUGCAGAGUCCAUGAAGCAGAAGGAUGACAUCAGUGCGGAGAAGAGGGAGGAGCAAAGGCAUGCAGCCCGCCUCCGCAUCGUCGCGGACCAUGAGGCUGCACAGCAGAAGCUUCGGGAUCUGCCCCUGCGUGAGUACCUUAUGCAGCCGCUUAGCUGCAGAUUAAGGCCAUGCAUCCCUAAUUGA